AUGAAUUGCGACAUCCUGAUGUCUGAUGGGGCAGGAACCCUCUGCAGAGCAUUUUCCACCUACUGGCUUUUUCACCUGACACCCGCGCGUAACGACAAGAUCUGCAUGCACUACAUUUACUUCAACAACUCGGGAGCAAAUUAUCAUGAACGGCAUCCUCACAACAUCAAUGACGGAAGCAGAAAAAAAGCGGUAUCACAUCUCCGGUCGGGUUUCAUCGCGAUGAAUUCUUGAAAUAGCAGUUCUGAUCUGAAAUUUUGCAUUCAGCAUACUUAGAAUCUUUCUAUAGCUUGCUUCUUUUUCUAGGUACUGAAUUGGAAUGUUCUGAAGACGAAAUUUUCUACCUGUAUCAACCUCGUGAUCUUCCAUUCUCUAGUACUAAAGAUUUCACUCCAGUGGCAAUCAAAUUGUUACACAAACAGCAAUUGAAAGGGCACGAAAUUGUUGGGACAGUGCCGAAGUUCAGAAGAAGAUCUUGUGAUGAUUUUGAAGAGGAUAAUGCUGCAGCUCUCUUGAGGCGGAUGGUUAGGCCAUGAUAAAAACGACUUGCGGACGAUCUGUGGUAAAAGGUUGUACUUUCUACCAUCAUCAUAAAAAGCGUACUAAGGCUUCAAACGGAGAUGGAGCACAUCAACGUCAACGCCUUUAGCUUGCCACUCAAAAGCUCAGCAUCUCCAGCGAUCGACGCUUUCCUUUCCUUGAUCCCUUUUUUUGUCGUCUUGUUCUCCUUGCUUCGUUGCUGUUGUCUUGUUUCAUUCUUUCCCGUGGCUCCGUCUCUUCCUAGAUAGGCAAAUCACAGACUCCGUUCAGCUAAGAAAGUAGUACAUUUCCCCUGGUCUAAGAAACAAGUAGUACAUUUAGAUUAAGAAAU